GCACACAAUUGGUUAUUAAUGGCGGAAGGAAAGGAAGAGAGUAAAUCUAGCCAGGAUAGUGUCAAACUGUUCGUUGGCCAAGUGCCUAAGAACAUGACGGAAGAUGAAGUGCUCGAAAUGUUCAAGGACUUGGCAUUGGUUGAGCAGGUCAACAUCAUCAGAGACAAAGCCACUCGUGCCUCCCGAGGUUGUUGCUUUCUAAUCUGUCCCUCCAAGGAAGAGGCGGAUAAGGCGGUCAAUGCCUGUCACAACAAGAAAACGCUUCCUGGGGCCUCUAGUCCGUUGCAAGUGAAGUAUGCAGAUGGCGAGUUGGAAAGAUUAGAACACAAACUCUUUAUUGGCAUGCUUCCAAAGAAUAUUUCUGAAGUUGAAGUCUCUAAUCUUUUCUCAAAGUAUGGAACCAUAAAGGAUUUACAGAUUUUAAGAGGUUCUCAACAAACAAGUAAAGGAUGUGCUUUUUUGAAGUAUGAAACCAAAGAACAGGCCGUUGCUGCUCUUGGGGAAAUCAAUGGAAAGCAUAUAAUGGAGGGUUCAAGUGUUCCUUUGGUGGUUAAAUGGGCGGAUACUGAAAAGGAAAGACAAGUUCGAAGGGCUCAGAAAGCAGAAUCUCAAGUUUCUACUGUGUCACAUGUUGAUUGUCAGCAUCCCUCAUUAUUUGGAGCCUUACCAAUGGGUUAUGUUCCUCCAUAUAACGGAUAUGGUUAUCAGGCUCCCGGGGGCUAUAGGCUCAUGCCAUACCGCUUUCCACCGAUGCAGAAUCAACCAGGUUUCCAUAAUAUAAUGCCUCACAUGAACCAAGGAAAUGCAUUGAGGCCUGAUCUUGGUCACAAUAUGAAUUAUCCUGUGCCUUAUGCAAGUUACAUUGGUUCUUAUCCUGCAGUGCCAGGUAUACAAAUACAGCAUCCUAUGGCAUACCCUGAAGGAAUGAUAAGUCCGAGGCUUGUGUGUAGUUCUCCUGAUUCUAUUUCACCUGCAGGCGGGAAUAACAACUCAGUUUCAUCUUCAGGUGCCAGUAAAAAUUCUAGUGGUCAAAUUGAAGGACCGUCUGGUGCAAAUCUUUUUAUUUAUCACAUACCACAAGAGUAUGGAGACCAAGACCUUGCAAAUGCUUUUCAACCGUUUGGUAGAGUUUUGAGUGCUAAAAUUUUUGUUGAUAAAGCUACUGGUGUAAGCAAAUGUUUUGGGUUUGUUAGUUAUGAUACUGCAGAAGCUGCUCAAGCUGCCAUUAGUGUGAUGAAUGGUUGCCAAUUAGGUGGUAAGAAAUUAAAGGUUCAGCUUAAGAGGGAUAACAAACAGAGUAAGCUUCACUGAUGAUGAUAGA